AUGGGGAAAUCCUCUUCGUGCUCUCCGUCAUAUUCCGAAAUGACGCAGUCAAAUCUAAUAGAUCAUAUUCAAAUACGUGGUGAAGUGUCUGCUGACUAUUCAGAUGUAUAUGAGGUGAAUAAAAGCGCUUUCGAACAGGAUAAUGAGGCACGUUUGGUUGAAAAAUUAAGACAAAAUCACAAUUUUGAUCCAAAUCUUUCUUAUGUUGCUAUAUACGAAAAUGGAACUCAACGUCUUCUUGUUGGUUAUUUAUUAUUCUUUCCGAUAAAAAUCCAGCUCUAUUCUAAAAACGAUAACAAAAAAUUGGAUCUAUCAGUCAAUGAGUGUUUAGCUUUAGCUCCUAUUAGUGUUUUACCUUCUUAUCAGAAUCGUGGAAUCGGUUCAAAAUUGAUAUCAUAUGCUUUGGACAAUAUAAAAAGAAGUUAUUUGAUGAGUUAUCAUUGUAUCAUUGUACUUGGACACGAAAAUUAUUAUCCACGUUUUGGUUUUAAACCAGCCAUCAGUCAAUAUCAUAUACAUCCGCCAUUUUCUAUUGAGAAUGAAAAUUGUUUUCUUGUCUUAGAAUUAAUACCAGAUAAACUUAAAGAAACAAUGUCACAUAAUGGAAAUGUGUAUGGUGUCGUUGAAUAUCCAAAAGAAUUUGAUGAAGUUUCCUGA